GCCUUGGCCGGAAUGAGCAGCAGGUGGCACCUGCCGUCUCCGUCCGCAACUGCGCUGCCGCCGAACGCAGCCAUUGCAUUCGGACGCCGCCGACGAGGCGGAUCGAGGGCUCUGUGUCUUGCGCAUCGGUUCCUCACUCGAGCGUCGCCAGGUGUCCAUGUCGUCGGUCUCUGAAUCGAUUCUGGGCGCAGGUUUUGGUGCGGUCCCCGGUCCGCACGAGCUUUUCAUUCGCCACCCGCAUUGGCAUGCCCUGCUGAGUUACAGCCGAGGCCGUGCAGUAGCAGUCGUCGGCCGAAGACGUUCCGAGGGGCCGAAGUGGAGUCGAAGCUCGGCGGAGCGGAAUGUGGAGACAGGCGGAAGUUGGCGAUCAGGAGCUCGGGCGAGUUCGCAAGUAUUAGCAGCAGUGUGGCGUGUGGAUUGAUAAUGUGCCCGACUACGCCGGAUGCUGGCGGUGUUAGUAUUUUCACAACGUUUUCAUCUUCAUCUGAAAACCUCGCGGAUUCAAUUUUGAAGUAGUUCGGAUGCACUGGAGGUGCAAGUAUAACCAGGAACGUAGAGUUUAGGAAAGUCUAGUAUUUCCAGUUGCACUUGUUUGUGCUGUUGAUCUUUACAGGAUUUUUCAUGGUGAUCAAGCUAGAACCUAGAAGUAUAAGUGUCUGUAGAGAGUGGCUCUUAUAUCAGCUGAAAGCUGAAAUUUGAUGGAAGGACGGAAGUACUUUACUUGAAAUUGAUGAAGACAUGACCAUACAAUAGUGCGGUGCUCCGGUUGUGCAACAAUUUCUGGUCGAGCUGUAAACAUAUGAAAGAGAUAUUGUGGACGAGGGGAUCAUCAUUAUUGAAGUGGUUGAGAGUCAACUCAGGAUCCUCAACCACCUAUGAAGAGGCAUCUGCCGUCAGAUGCAACUCAAGAUAGUGAUGAACUCAGAGCCAAGUCACGUCGAAUAUAUGAGUCUCGGGCUAGAGAGGACGAAGAAGAGCCCGGGGGUUUUCUUGACUUAAAUGCAACUCCUCGUGGCUUUGAUCUCAAUGCGCCUGUUGAAGAGGAAAGUCCUCGUGGACAGAGUGGCUGGUUACCGGCAAAUGAAGAAGAUGAUGGAGCAUGGUUGCCCAUUCAAGAGGAAAUAGAAGAAGGAAAAGACAACACAGAGGAAUCAAAAUUGUCACUGGCCGAGAUUAUUGCACCAUCUCAAGUCCCGGUUAAGACUGAGGAGCAAGAACCUGCAGUCAAGCCGGAGAAAUCGGAUUCUCCCCUUCAAUCUGACGAACCCGAAGAUAGUUAUCAUGAAAGAGAGGCGGAGGAUGCAAGGGAAAUUGUCAAAGAUUCAGAUGAUGAGCCUGAAUUGAAACCUCUUGUUAUACCUUCAACCAAAGCAUCCGGUCCUGCUUCAGCAGUCAUCCAGCGCAGCGUUGAUUCCGUAUCAGUUCUUGGCAUCGAUGAUGAUUUGGAUAUUCUACGGUCUAUCUGGAAUUCACAUCAGCAGAAUGAUGUGGAGUCUAUGGACAAUGUGCUCGUGGAAGCAUGUGAAGAGCUGGCAAAGAAUCCCUUUAGUCCCAGUCGGUAUCAUUACUUGAGCUGUUUGUACAUAUCAAAAAAGCUCCCCGAAGCAUUUUCGCUCCCAAAGACUUUGAAGGUUUUACUUGGAAUGCUUAAAAGUCCAAAUGGGAUCCAAUCAGCCGCUAAGCGACAAAUCAUGCUACCAGUUCUUGCUUGCAAACUUCUCAAUCGAGCUUUCGCAUACGAAGCACAAUGGCCUUUGAAAUUCGUUCAAAUAUAUCUAGAAGAUGCGACUGGAUCGAGGUCCUGGAUCGAGCAUGAAGGAUGCAAGGAAUUCGUUGCAAAUAUUUUGACAGCUUUUCCUGAUGCGGAUGCGGAGUCGUCUGCUAGCCCUGAGGACUUAACUUCCACAAGAUUACAAGAUUCUCAAGGGGGCUCAGGGGAGAUGGCUCAAGGGCAGGCCGUCAAAUCAGAGCCGUCAGUUCAAGGAACGAUGCCAUACAAAAGUAGAUAUCCUUUGGAGGAAAUACGGGCACAGGUGCGAACAGAAUUUUUGCAGGCAUUGAAUCAACUGCUGGGCUCAGCGUCUACGAAGGACAAUCCUCGUCAGCUGCUGAAGUUGCUGAUGCAAGGUGCUGGAUAUGAGGAGGUGCGGGUUGUGGCCUCCAGUAUGCUUGAAACAUACUUGAACAACACGGUCCAUUUGCGGGCAGCAAAAGCAUUAUUGGAUCGUAUAGUGCAGCAUACCCGUGGCACAAGUGAUAAUGAUUGCCAGACGGUGGCAAAUCUUCUUGCCCUUAGAAUCACAUCCAUGCAAGCCCCCGGACAGAUUAAAUCUCUUCACGGAAAUAUCUUUGGUGAUAUGGUUACCCAGCUUGUGAGGAGAAGGCCAGAAUAUGCCACUCUUGCACUGAAGACUUUUGUAACGGCGGAAGUCAAUAACAAAAAUCCUCACAAUCUCAAGAGCAUUGUUAUGGCGUUGAAAGCGAUGCCAGAAUCUCCUCCUCCAGAACAUGAGCUCGCUUCCAUCUUUCAGGAGCUAGCGGCAAAUGAGGAGUAUCGGUUUCAGCUUAGAGACCUCAUUCGCAGGAUGAUGAAGCAAGUAGGUUCAGAUCUCGAUGUACAUGCUCUCUGCCAUGGUUUAAUGCAGCCUUGGCCAGUUAUGGCGGAGCAACAUGAAGCCCUCAAAGAAGUGUGGCUUAAACAGCUUGUGGACCUUGCAUGCCAGCUGCUGCUUCAUGCUGUCCUACCUUAUGCGAUGGAUGAGAACGUCGUGUCUGCCAUAUAUUCAACUCCAACAAGUUCUGUACCUGGACCUGGUGUUGGCUCAUUGAAAGAGAAGCUGUUACAACUGGAAAAGUUUAGUCUUGAAUCUGCAAAUUUCCAGAUAGAGGCCAUGGCUUGGUGCACAGACAUUUUGGCAGUUUAUCUGCCGUCAAUGGAGGAAGCCCAGUUUACACGUAUCGUAAGACAGCUUCUUUUCAUGGAGACUUCCGAGGUUUACUAUUCUACUUCUGAUAAUGUAAGCGAAACGGAUCUGGUUUCUUUACGCCUUUUAAGUAUGUGUAUGCCUGCUCCAGAGGAGAUACUAGCGCGAUUGAUACUGAUGGCGAUCUCUAACUUUCCACUUUCUCAAGGUGAAGCGCUUAAAAUCAUUGAACGCCUAGUCUGGAGAGCAGCAGCUUUAAAAAGGCAUUUUGAUGGAGCCUUGACCGCUGCAAGUGUACAGCUUCCAGCAGCUAUUUUCAAACUGGCAUCUUUUAAUCUACCAGGUCAAUCUCCCAUACAACAACUUGUGGUUAAGGACAUGUACUGGCGGGCAUGUAUAGUGGUCGUCAUCAUCGGCGUCUACAAUGCGAGUACGAUAGGGUGGUUCGUAUGGGAGAAUCUACCGACAAUUCGUAACUUCAUGGAAGCUUUACUGACAUGCACACGUACUUUCCUGCCAAAUGGUGAUGAUCAGGUCCGUAUGUCAGAGGCACGAAAACUUGAGCUGGAAGCUGAGCAGCGGGAUAGCAAAGCUGAGGAAGCUAUAUCAGCCUUCUUAGAUGUGACUGCUGAAAAGAGGCGGAGUGAUCCUAGCUCGGCAGAGAUUAAUAGUUCAGGGAGCUUAAUGUCAUCACCAGGUGCUCGUCUGAGUAAUCAGGGUGGAGAGUGGCGUGGCAAAGUGAUGUUUCUUGAACAGACCGGGCCGGUAAGAAGGCCCCCAAAAUGUGCCGUCGAUGAGCUAGAUCGAGUGGAUGAUAUGUAUCAACUCGGGCACAUCUUACGAAAGUCGCGCGAUCCCGAUUUUUUCUCGGAAAUCACGAAGUCACAGACCCUGGCACAGAGUUGGGCUUGGCUGCAGAAAAUAUUGAUCGCAGAGCCAGAUGUCAUAACGUAUCUUCCUCCAGUAUGGCAGUGUGAACUGCUGUUUAUGCAUGAGGGGCAGCAUCCAUUAACUCGCAAGUUAUUCUUGGAUAUUGGAAAGCUUCGCUCUCACCUGCAUCUGGUCAUGGUUCAACAAUUGCAAAGCAAGGAAAUUGAAGUUGAGCGUGUUGUAAAUUUUCUCUCCAGAAAACUUUUUUCAAAAAGCGGGGCUGUGCGAAGUCGUGCCCGCCGCUGUUUUGAAUCCCUCUUUUACCUACCGUCAUCCAGCACCCCUGAUUUUACACACUCAGUUCCUUCUUCUCCACAAGACCUCAAACGAUCAGAUCCUACAGGGAGCGCAACCAUCAUGACUGGAUCAGGCCAAACCAAGGGUGUCGUCAUUUCUAGCAAUGAUAAUGUCCCGGGAGCUGCGAAGAAAGUAACUGGCCUUACGAAUGCGCCUCUAGGUCAGGCUUCUUCUUCCAGCUUGUCUGGCUUACCUGUAGUCAUGCAGAAAGUGUCUCCUGGUGUAAGCUACGUUGCUGUCAAUGAGGAUACUGCUGCAGAGAAGGGUAUGUCUUCAAUGCCGUAUCAGUACGCAGACGACGACUGUGGGUGGCUUGAAGUUGUGGAGAAGCUUCCGACAGCGUCAAGGGUUGUCAGUGUUCUCGCACCUUCCAUCCAAAGAGCAAUUCAGGAAGAAACAUCUAUUCAUGUGGUUACGGCUUACUUAGAGUUUCUUAAGAACCAUCUCUCAGGCACGUCACUAGCAUACACUAUCGCCACUCUGGUUGUGCGGAGAAAGAUGCUGGCUACUAGCCUGAUUUUGGGUUCAUCAUCGAAUUUUAUUCCUGCCAAAUUUGCGGGUGAAAGUGGACCAAUCAGUCGUUCAGCUACGGUGGAUCUUGUUUUGGGAACACUUUGCAAGGCUUUAGAAUCAGGGACUGUUACAGAUCUAACUUGGGACGAGUUGAGGUUCAUAAGAUCACCUAUUGUAACCCUUGUUACACCUCAAGUAGCUGCACACGCCAAGGAGCUUACUUCACGACAAGUGAAAGUUCAUCAGAUUGUCGUGGAUGCUGCACUGGAAGUUCUUUCUUUGCUGGGUCAACAUGAGACAGAAGAGAAGAGAAAGAGCGGGACUUUUCAGAAGCUUUUGACCGCCCUUUUUCCUGCUUGUGAUACUGAUGGGCAACAAUGGGGAUGGGACUUAGAGGUUCCAAUCGGAUGGCUAGAAGACACUAUUGGGAAGCAGCCACUGCUUUCUGAAGCUCAGGCUGUAGGUCUCAUAAGGACCAAUGAUUUGAUGCUCAUAAAAGCAGGUCUGUCAGUUCUGACUGUGGAAGCAAAGUUGGAGCUUUUCGAAGGCUUCGGUUUGUCUUCAUUUGGAAUAGCGGCCGUGUUGCAAGACCUGAAUUCCACAAAAGACGUUCGGUUGCAGUCUAUACUGGGGUCUGGAAGCUUCUCCAGGGAUCGGUUGAAAAGGUUGACUAGCAGUGUGCGAGCUUUUUGGAAAGUUAAUAAAAAAGGAUGCGAUAAUCUGCAAAGAAUUCUUGAGCAGAUGUCAGCAACCUCCACGGUGGGUUAUGCACAUAUGCAGCAGACAACGAGUUUUGCUCACAUGAAGGAAAAAGCAACUUUAACCGAGUCAAGUGAUAUGGAGAUGUCUCUUGCAAAACCAUCGCUUGAGGAGAACACAAGAUUUGUAUUCGAGUGGCUGACAUCAGUGGAGAAAGACGUCCAAAUCGGAUGGCAGAAUUCCACUAAGUUAUCAGCUUUUGUCGAGCUUCGGCAUGAUUUACAACGAAAGUUGGUCGAGGGAUCUUUGGAAAUCCUCAAGAACGUGAUGGGUAUUGUAUUUGAUCUUUUAGAGAAGGCAAAUGGUGGUUGUCUUGCUGAUCAAAAGUUUCUAACUUAUGGUCUUCCAAUACUCGUUCUCCUAUCCCAUGCACCUUGCUCGCAUGGUAUCAGUCAGCCGCUAUUAGCUACGUGUAAGAAAGGACAACCUUCAGUAGAAUGUUUAACAGAUUUGGGGCUUGAGAGAAGAAAUGUGAGCUUCCCAGGGAUUGCUACGGCAGCAUCAGUGCUCUUGAAGGACUUACAGAUGAAGCUGGUAGAGAUUUAUGAGAUACUUGCUCGCAAGUUUGUCAGAAACUCUCGUACAGUUCCAAGAGGACUUGUUCUUGCCCCUUCGAGGAUGAGGGCGUACUCAAACCGUAAUGCGUUAACCGAUCGCCUUAGCUGUGUAACUGAUGGAGUUAGUAUGCCUUUUGACGUGGUAGAAAGGGCAUCCUCUGACAGGUUCGAAGCCGUCCUUCGAUACUAUUUAUGCCAAAAGCUGCAGAGUGUUUGGGAGGCAGUUGACGAAUAUUAUAGCAGGUCCCUUUUAGACCUUCGACGUAAAAAUGGCAAACAAGAAAAAGUCUCACCCGUUAAUUAUUGUGCUCCGCUAUCAAAAAUGAUAGGGGGCCUUUUAUGCAGCUUGAGAUCGCAUAAUGGGGUGUACUCAAGUUCUUUGCUAGCCUCUUCUAGGAUAUCACCGCCCACAGAUAUGAAGGCUCAGAUUGAGUUCAGUGGGCGAUGCGGGCUUGUCAUGGAGAUGCUCAGUUUCUUGGAUCCCGAGUUUGAUGCAGAUGGCUUUCUCGCUGCAAUAGUCGACAUCUCUGGACUCCAGUCGGUAUCAAAAGCACCAUAUGGCCCUUCCCUCCCAGCUAUUGGCCUGUCUUAUGUGGUCCACAAUAGUUCCUGGGAUACUCUCUCAAAGGUAUUCAAACAGCUAGUUAACAGCGGCGUAGGCACGGAGGAUGAUGAAUAUUUUGGAAAUGCGAGCGCAUGUAGCAUGGAGUCUGGCCAAAUUUUCCGAGGAAUGGAACCGGUGAUUGAGUUCAUUUUCUUGUGUGUGCAACAUCCAAGAGCAAAGUUGGCUUGUCGUGCAUGUGAAGAAGUGGAACCACACAAGUCGAGUUCAAACUUGCACUGGUCCUGGCUGAGUACUUCAUCCGCACGUACUAUAACUAAGCACUCAGUUGCGGCGUGCGUUGCUUCGAAGCUCGCUAAUAUGGGUGCCGAGGCCCGGGCCAUCUGCUCUGAUGUUUCAGUCGAACAAUAUGUACGAGUACUCGAGACGAGGACUCUUUGCCCCGUCAGUUGUACUCUCAAAGUGUUGGCGCUAGCAGUUUGUCAAGGUCCUCACAUCAUGAGGGCGGUUGUACAGCAUCUAUGCUCUUACGAUGAUGGAAGUCCCAGUGGUUUAGCGCCCUCGAUGGUUGAAAACGCAUCAUCGCAGUCUAUUGAGUCAACGUACAAAGCAGUUGCAAGGAGUCUUUUGUGGGGUCUUUAUCUGAUCUUUCCUGUCUCCAUAAAGUCCGUUUUACAUUCUAUCUCAAAGAAAGGCAUGUUGAUUGAAGAUAUACGAGGACAAGCUGAAAUUUACAACAACCAUGGACAGACCUGCUCCUUGAACAGCGUAAUACACAGUGCCGUUUGGUCAUUCUGUUCUGGAAAUGAUAAAGAAUCCAAUGCAGCCUAUGGCUUUUGCACUGAGUUCGCGCGUCAGCAUCCACUUUUGUUGAUUCCUUUCCUUCCAACUUUGAAGAUAUUGUUGAAGGAGCUUUUGCCACUGCUGAAGCAAGGGGAGACUCAAGCAAGGAUGACAGUGACAAGAGCACUUUCCAUGGGUCUCGGAUUGCUUGAUGCCCUUCGACCUCAUGUCAUACUCAAAAGCAACUCUCUUCACAACACUUCCGCUUCUUUUCCGAGAGUUAGUGGAUGGUCAGAUCAGAAUCGAACGCAAUCAUCGUCUACUCUGAACAAAAGCGAUCUUGAAGAUGUCCUCAAUUUAUAUUUCGAGAUUCUACGGGACCUUGAGGUUCAGGACAGACCUCAUUUUGCGAAAGUGGUUGCUCGUUUCGCAGACUUCCUGUGUCACUGUGUUGCUGCUGGGGGAAGAAGUCGCGAGUAUGUUUCUUCAUACAGGACACCUGUUCUUGAGACAACUGCUCAGAGUUUUGGGAAGAUAAAAAAGAUUGGAUAUUUAUUGAGCCUUCUAGACAAGCCUGGCUCAUUUUCAAUUGCUGAGGAAACGGCAGCAGCGUACUCUUUAUCGGCUGGCGGAAAUUCUCAAGCGUCUACUCUUCCUAUUCCCUUGGAUCAAAUUUUGACUGUGCGCAAAAAAUUGCAGCAAUGUAUUAAGUUGUACACGAAAGACUCAUGGAACGAAGAGGGAUUGGCCUUUUACAGCACGGGCAAGUCAAAUUGUGUCUCUCAGCUUAUGGUUGGAGAUGGGGAGGAGGGAAGUUUAUCUGCCACCCUAACUGAUGUUGACAAAGCAUCUGCACGAGUGCCCGGCAUUUUGUCAUAUUUGGAAGAUUCAUUGGUACAGCUGAUAACUAUCAAAGACGCUACUCUACGAGAGCGUAUCUACGGUCUUCUAGAACGUAGACUGCUCCAUGGUCCAAGUGAAACCAGCGCGUCAAAUAUCGUGGAGGGCUUACUUCAACAACUAACGUCAUCCGACGUACUUCGUGCGAAGUCAGCAGCCCGUAAUACGGCCCGAUUUUUCCAGUUUUCUACAGAUUUGCAGGAGUCCCUCCUCGUUGAGAUGUUACAGUUGGGAAGGAUUGCUUCCGAUGAUCUCCAACGACUCCUGCAAGGUCUGUUUACUGUUGCCGGCUCGCACAGUGGCUGAAGUAGAGGUCUUGUGUGCACAACGGCACGAAUACUCUACAAGCAAGCAAUCUUUUGAUCUCGGGCGAGGUUUCGACGGAUUCCAUGGUAUGAUCUUCCUGUUAUUCAUGUGUUUUCUUAACCGACAGAAGGUAAGGGCAGGAGAAAAACAUAAAACAGAAGCAGAUCUGGAAUUUUCACCGUGUUGAUGGUGCUGAACCUUUCUUGAUGUACUUGAGUUGAUUUUCUAAACGGUUUUAGUCCAUAACCAUCUAGAAGAAGAAAGCAAGCUAAUUGAAGCGGAUUGUGUACAGAAAGUCAAGGCUCUUCAAGGCUCGAAGCCUCUGUUUUAGUCUCAUCAGAGAAGGAAUUGAAAUACGGGUCUUGAUUUGAUGAGAAGCCGAUAAACCUCGCCACCGGAGUGAACUGCAGAUCAUUCCUGAGUGUUAGUGAGAAGCUAACCAGGCCAAGGAAAGAACCUGGCUUGCACCGAUUCCAAUGAGAAUGGGAUGGAAGGUUCCAUCACAUCGAGGACAUUUGGUGUCAGUUCUUCUUUAGAAUUGUGUAUAUCUCUCUACGUAGAAAGAGGAAAUUUUGUUCUUGCUUUCCGUAGGCUUGAGCUUUGAAGUGAGAAGGAUUUGUUUCUCAAUCUCGCCUUACCAAUCACAUGGUAGCAGUAUUAAGCGGACUUGCAAUAGAUCAAUUUGUUCAUGGCCUCACUUCAAGUUAACUUUGUAUCGGUUGCCCUCUAUAUUUUAAUGUGAUCUGUGUAAACCAUUUUGAUGAG